GUGAUGACAUUCCUCUUAAGUGUUGGGGUCUUUUUUCAAGUGUGUGAUUCAGACGUGAGAUGCAGGGAUGACAAGGGAAAAAAGGUGGACUGGUAUAUUCUAUACAAGUUACCCAACACAAAUGGUCGUGGUUUGUCCUAUCUGUACAUGGAUAAGAGCACCAAUGGAUGGCAAAUGAGCAAUAAGAUGAUCAACAGUGAAUCCGGCACUCUGGCAAACACCCUGAAACCUCUUCUGGACUUCUACAACACAAAGACUGAAGGUUUUGGUUACAUGCUCUACAAUGAUCAACCUCCGAAACCAUAUGCUGCUCCUGCAUCAUUUGGCCACAGUAAAGGAGUUGUCAUGUUGGACAGAAAAACUGGAGUUUGGCUUUCACACAGUACACCAAAAUUCCCAACAUAUCGCAGUAGAGACUUCUGGCCAGAUAAUGGAAACGCGAAUGCUCAAACUUUUAUGUGUGUGACAUACUUCUAUGAUCAGUUCAAAGAAAUAGGAGAGCAGCUCAAGUACAUCCAUGCUUAUUCAUAUGACUCUGACAUCCCGACAACCUUUCACAAUGAGCUGCGAUGUGUCGCUCAGCGAGAAUGCUACCCAAAGAAGGAACCCUGGUUCCGUGUACAGAACCUGACUUCAAUGAAUGGACGUGGUUUCGUAAGCUUUGCAAAAUACACACGUUUUGGAGAUGAUCUCUACUCUGGCCUUAUUGUUUACUACUUGAAGCGGAAUCUGUAUGUCAAGAGCUGGGGAAAGAUGCGUAGUCCUCUGCCUUCUAACUGCAGCAGCAUCAUCCGAUAUCAAGUGUACAAUGUGAAGAAAGUAGAGCUCCCCAACGUAAUGCCCUUCAGUGAUACUGUGGAUCACUCCAAGUGGGUGGUGACUGAUGUUCACUGGACCUGCAUCGCUGAUAUGAACAGGGAAGAGAGUCAGAUGAAAAGAGGUGGAGGAGCAAUAUGCACCGAUAAUGAUGCUGUCAGGAAGGCUUUCAUUGUUCUGAUCAACGAGAUUGAACAAUGUAAAGAUGAGCAUGUUCAUUCUGAUGUUGAACAUAGAGACAGUACACCAAAAUUCCCAACAUAUUGCAGUAGAGACUUCUGGCCAAAUAGUGGAAACGCUAAUGCUCAAACGUUUAUGUGUAUGACGUACUCCUAUCAUCAGUUCAAAGAAAUAGGUGGGUUGAAGCUUAUUACAUUUCUGACUUGUUAUGAAAGUUAUCUGAGAGCAGCACACAAUGAGCUGCAAUGUGUCGCUCAGCGAGAAUGCUACCCAAAGAAGGACCCCUGGUUCCGUGUACAGCAGCUGACUUCAAUGAAUGGACGUGGUUUCUUGAGCUUUGCAAAAUACACACGUUUUGGAGAUGAUCUCUACUCUGGCCUUAUUGUUUACUGCUUGGAACAGAAUCUGUAUGUCAAGAGCUGGUGUAGUAAACUGCCUGCUAACUGCAGCGACAUCAUCCCUCAUGAUGUGUACAAUGUGAAGAAAGUAGAGCUCCCCAACGUAAUGCCCUUCAGUGACACUGUGGAUCACUCCAAGUGGUUGGUGACUUCUGAUGGUGGCUGGACCUGCAUCGCUGAUACGAACAGGGCAACGACUCAGAUGAAAAGAGGUGGAGGAGCAAUAUGCACCUAUAAUGAUGCUGUCAGGAAGGCUUUCUAUGAUUUGAUUGCAGAGCCUGAAAAAUGUAACCGUAAAAAUGUGGGCCAGACACCCAGAGCAGAUUUUAUUAGGCCUAGAGCUGGAAAAGCUGGAAGAGACAAACGCAAAAACAAUGGUAGAUACAAAGAUAGAUACAAAAUGCUGAUGUGUCCAUGACAUUCUUUUUAGGUUGUUUUUAUACAAUGUGUUGUGGUGAUUGUUUGGCUUUACAUCAGCUGCACCAAAUCCAGGAAAUUAUAAGAACAGCAGAAUCCGUUGACUCAUUAAAUGUCUUACCUAGCCCUGCUGAAAUGAGUUGCAUUCUACAUUGACAUACAUAAAUAUCUAUACACAUGUGUAUGAUUGCAUCAUGUCCAAAAAAACCCUUUAAUUGUUAACUUCCGUUUCGUGCAUCAUUUAUUACUUCAAGUAAUGCUAAGUAUAAGUAUCUUCACGUAUAGUAGUAUGUAUUUAUUAUACAUAUAUGCAAAAAAUGUGUAUGUACAUAUACAUAAUAUAUACAUGCUUGCACAAUUUUAUAUCCUAGAUUGUCUUCUGUUUACUUUCAUUGCAGAUUGC